CAGUCAGUGCUCAAGAUUAUGUCGUGUUUACGGGCUCUUCCACAGAUACGUCCGCAGCCUCGGCACCCGUAACCCAGCUCACCGGGAUGGCUGAGGCGGUGAGGCCGCGCAAGUCCAAGAGCAGGACGAAGCAUGACAAGACAAAGAAAAAGCAGCAAAGCCUCGUGGACGUAAGAGCAGAGAAGCCUCUGGUGUUGGAGGAAGAGAGCGACAUCCAUAAUGUACUGGACUCCUCCUCCCAGAGAACGGACAGCAAUCUUCCUGAUAGUUUUAUAGAAAUCCAGCUGAACGAUGAAACCUGCGGAGCUGAUAACAAACGACUAAGCAGCUUGUCUGAGGCGGAUGUCCCCGCCGUCAGUGAAGGCGUCUCGGAGGACAAGAAGGAAACCGAAAAUCCUGACUGUCGAGAGCUGGAGUCUGGAGGAGCAAACCUUUCCUGCCCUUCACAAAGCUGUGAGUUGCAGCCCGAAAAGACAAAAUGUCCUGAAGUAACAAGCCCCUCCAUAGAGGAACAGCACCCGGCUGAGGAUGUCGAAGUCCACCCUGCUGUCCUGUCUCUGAAGGAACCAGAUGUAAUGGACACCCAGCAUUUUGUGGAAGCCAAGGAGAAAUUGCAUAUUUCCAAGGUGAAAUCCAUAUACCCAGAGCUGCCAGUGCAGGUUCUUGACCACAAGAGAGAUAUGGCGACCAUCAAACCUCUGGUUCCUAAUGAGAAGCUGUAUCCUGAGCUCCCGCAGCAGCACAAGCCCAUCCCUUUCUCCAGGGAGCAACUCAAGAUAUUUGAGCCUUGUUCCUGGAUAGAGAAUGUGGACUCCUUCACCGAAGAGUUUGAGAGGAUCGCCCACCAGGACAGGCAUGAGUUCCAUGAACUUCUCAUGAAUUACGGCCGAUGCAGGAAGCAGCUCCUUCUGGCUGAAGGCAAGCUCCAGAUCAUGAUCUCCGACUGGAAGAAUAUUAAGAGCAAAGUCUGGGACUUUAAGGAGGAGCACAUGACUGUACAGGGACUUUGUGAAGAUCAGGCCAAAGUGGUUGGAUAUCACCACUACCAGACAGCAGAAGUCAACGCAUCGGCAUUAGGAGACCUGAAGAGACUCUUCGAGCUGAAGUCGGACCACUUACAUCAGACAUUUGCCCUGCACUCGUAUACGUCAGUCCUGUCCCGCCUGCAGGUCGAAUCUUAUAUCUAUGGGCUGGUGAACAACUCCCCUUUCUUGAAAUCGGUAGCAGUGUACCAUCCGGACCACGCCCCUCAGAAGCUAGAAGGGACUCACUCAGAUCUGAUCCUGCUGAAGGAGUGUAUCAGUGUCCUGUUCAGCUUCACAAGGAGAGUUAUAGAAGACACUCAGUUCCAGAACGAUAUUCUUCUCUGGCUUCAGAAGCUGGUUUCCGUACUGCUGAAAGUUGGAUGCCUCGGGGACCACCUGUUCCUCUUGAAUCACGUCCUGCGCUGUCCAGCAGGUAUCAAUAAAUGGGCCACCCUGUUUGUUCAGGUUCGAGUCUUGCACAACCCGGCCGGCGUGUUUCACUUCAUGCAGCAGCUGGCGGUUCUCAUGUGUCCUGUAAGGAAUCGAGUGGACUUUCUUUGCCACAUGAAACCCAACGAAAGAAAAUGUCCUUCUUCAGGAAAUGAGUCGGGGAACUGGACUUUGGUGGAUGAAGGUGGUGAGGAGGACGAGGAUCCGGAGACGAGUUGGAUAUUGUUGUCAGAGGACGACCUCAUUUCCCUUUUGGGGCAAUUCCCUUUUCAUGAACUUUUCAAGAAUGUUCUAGGAUUUAACUCUAGAGGUGAAUAUUUUCCUGAUAAAACCACUCCCCAGGAAAUGAUGAAGAUUUUUGCUUUUGCUAAUUCUUUGCUUGAGCUUCUGGCCCUCGGAUUGGAGACCUUUAACAGGGCGCGGUACCGUCAGUUCGUGAAACGGAUAGGAUGCAUCAUACGGAUGACCCUGUGUUACAUCAGCGAUCACUGGGCUCUGUACCUGAGCAGUAACCGUGGCAGAGAACACAGCUCGGAGCUCUACUCACUGGAGAAGCUACAGGCCAUUUAUGAUGAGCUCUUCAUGACUGCUGUCCUCCAUGUCCUCAAAGCCAAGAGGUUGGGCAUUUGGCUCUUCAUGUCUGAGAUGCCGUACGGGACUCUGUCAAACAUCAUGCUGUGGAAGCUCUUGUAUCUCAUGCACUAUGCCGAGAGCGAGAACGUGGAGAACCUUUAUUCCAGAUUAGACGCGACCACCUGCCAGUCUGCACUAAAUGAUCCCGUGAACCGAGAAAAGUUUGAAGAAUACUUUUCUGCAAUGAACAGCUCCGAAGGAAUCUGCCUCCUCACCACGUUUGCUCAGAUGGCACAAACCAAACGGGACGACGUGGAUGAGGAGCUGAUGAAGACCGUCGCUUUAGAGAUUUAUGAAGUUUCCUAUGUCAGCAUGUCUACAAGAGAAGCAUUCUCUAAAGUGGGCCGCGAGCUUCUUGCCACCAUUACCAGCGCUCACUCCAGUAUCAUAUCUGUCCUCCUGCAGCGUGUCCGGGAAACCAUUGACAAAGUGGGGAUGGUUUCCCUAUACUUAUUUAAAGAAUUACCCCUGCACCAAUGGAGACCGAGCACCUCAGAAAUAAGCGUCAUCAGGGACUGGCUGAUUAAUUACAACCUGUCUGAGGUGGAGAACAAGCUGGCCUGCAUUAUCCUGGAGGGCCUGAACUGGGGCAUCACUGACUCGAAGACCCUUCAUCUGGACCAUGCUCUACAUGUGGAGGUCGCGCUCAUGGUCCUGGAAGCUUAUCAGAAACACAUCUGUGACAAACCCUACACCGGGAUCAUCUCUGAGAGCAUUAAGCAGGUAUCUUACUUGGCCAGCAUAGUCCGAACUGGACAGACUCCGGAAGCCUCCUUCAACCAGUGGUCCUGGGAUCUAGUUUUGCGGCUCAAGUUGCACAGAAACGAUCGCCCGGAGCAGAUCUGCGAUUCUGUUCCUGAUCUAACAGAGGCCAAUGUUUUGCACCCCGUGUUGAAGGCCGUGAAAUCCGGGGUCCCUAUAGGCUGUUACAUCGCUCUGGCCUCUGCUUCAGUGGGACACAGUGUAGAUAAGUUUUGUGUGGAGGGUGUGACUAUGCUGGGUGAGAUGAUACAAGCCAAGCAUCUCCGGGCUGUGGUUCACAUCUUGGAUAAAGUUUUACCCAUGUUUUAUCAAUGCCCAAGCUAUCUCCUGAAAAAUGAACUGUUUUUGUCCUACAUUCAGCUCUUCCUCCAGCUUGACGGCGGGGUCCCUCAGGGAAUGACCAUGCAAAUGACCCACAGAGUUACCCAACACUUGACCUCGAUAAACUACGGGGAAAAUGCGAAACUUCUUACAAACAUGAUCCAGUCACAUAUUGCUGCUAGUACUAAACCGAAUGAAGUCGGUCCAGUGGCGGUUCUGGAGUUCUGGACUCAGGUUCUCAUAAGCCAGCAGCUCUGGCACCGGGACAAAGGCAGCCUUCACCUUAUGGACCAGCUGUGUAAAGCAGCGUUCAGACACCUACAGGAAGAUUGUCUGCAGAAACUGCUUUACCAGCAGCACAAGGAUGCACUGGGGUAUCACUGUGACCGAGGUAUCCUCUCCUCAUUUGUUGGAUGGAUCGUCGCAGGAAACGUGACUCCUUCAUUCAUAGAUUCCAACUACAACCCCUCACAGAUCUGGUUUUCAUGGACCGUGCUUAAUACGGAGUCUUUGUUUGAAGAGGAUUCCCAGUUACGUCGUGUGCUGGAAUAUGAACUGCUCAGCCAUUCAUCUAUGAGUCCAGACCAAGCUCUGAAGAAAGCCCAGCAUCAGUUAAAGUUGCCCAUUGUGCCUUCUGUACAGAGGUUGAUGAUUUACCGCUGGGCUCACCAAGCCAUGGCCACCCCAGCAGAUCACCCACUUUUACCUCUGUUUUGGCAGAAGUUUUUUCUCCUGUAUCUGAACCGUCCAGGACCACAAUAUGGAUUGCCAGCAGAGGGUUGUAUCGGGAAGAGGUUCUUUAGCAGCUCAGCCCACACGCACCUCCUUAAACAGAUGAAGCGACGUCUGAUGGAAGUGGCAGAUUUCCACCAUUCAGCCAGCAAAGCGCUGAGAGUACUUGUCCCUCUAGAUGGAUCCCCAGUUUUUUCUGAUUCAGGGAGCUACUCACAAGACUGCCUGUCUUCUCCAGAUCUGCACAAAGAGCUGGUCAAGUUAUUUAACGUAUUUAUUGUUUGGCUGGAAGAUGACAAGUUGCAGAAGGGAGACGUGUAUAUCCCAUCCCUGCCCAAGCAGUAUGACCCACAUCGACUGGCUAAGAUCAUGCGAAAUGAGCAGAAUCUGUGGAUGGAGUUCAUUAACAUGGAGCGCAUCAUAUUUGAGAUCCAGGAAUGUGUAAAUGCUUGGAACCAAAUCAAGGUAGAGAUGGACACGAGCUUGCUGACUCCUGCUGUGACUGUGGACAUACCGUCUCCAUCAGCAGCUGCUAAAGAGAGAAUCCUUCUGAAUUUAAAGAAGCAUCCUGCACCUUGCCCGGGCAUCACCCUGCAGCUUAUGAAACCACCUGUUUCUGUCAUUCCAACCUCAUGUUAUAUCAACACCCAGGACGCCAUGAAGCUUGUGCACAAAGACCUGACUGUUCUGCAGCAGCAUGCCAAAACUGCUUCUAUGCGGGAGUCCCAGCAAGUGGCCCUGGACAGUGAGAUGCUCGAUACAAUUCCAAAACUUUACAUCAAUAGAGAGGAACAGAUAGAAAUGAAGAUGGAGUGCCGGGGAAAUUCGAAUAAGACGUGCAGCGGUCCUGCAGUGGUGGCAGUCAAGUUUGAAGGAAUGCAGAUGGACGAAGCCAUAAGCCAGCAGCUUCAUAUGCUGCGGAGGGAGAUGAAGCAGUUACAAGCAGAAGCCACCAAACCUACUCUGCUCAACAUUAUAGAAACCGCUGUCCAUCUCGAGAACUUCAUAACUGCUUUGGUAAAUGCAUAUAAAGUGCAGUCUCCGCCUGAGAUACAGAAGAUUGGAAUCGGGACCUUCUUCGCUGUGGUUGAGUUUGUGUGUGAUGAGACUCAGCGCCAUCCUCCAUCUCGGCAAUUCUUCACCUCUUGCAUUGAGAUAUUGGGACAGGUGUUUAUAAGUGGAACCCAGUCAGAAUGUCGGCCGGUCCUGCAAACUAUAUUACAGAAUCGGAGGUUGUGCAAUCUGCUGUCCCCGUAUUUCACCCCAGCCGCCUCUCCUGGAGAGUUUGUGCAUUUGUAUGAAAAAGUGGUGGAAGCCAUUUCUGAAGACAAUAGUGAUGUGAUCUUUAUGCUGCUAACUAAGUUUGAUCUCAACCACUGGUUGAACUCUGCAAAGCCCUCCAUGUCUGAGCGGAGAAAACUUCUGGAGUCCGUGCACCUGGCUCUGACCCUGUGUGGCCUGACACCUGACGAAGAUCUGCUGAUGCCUUUCAAUAUUUUCUGCAAGCACUGGAGCUCGAUCCUACGCUACCAGUUCCCCGACCAUUACAGUGACUGCCUGAGGCUGCUCAUGCAAAGUUCCUCAGAGCAGCUGCUCAGCCCGGAGUGCUGGAAAACCUCCCUGAAGGCUGUGGGAUGUUACACCCCAAGAGUCCUGCCAAACACCGUGAAAGUGGAUUCCAAGGAUCCCCUCAUCUUUCCGAACUGCACUAACAAGAUGAUGCUGUCAGCAGAGCAGGUUCUGGAGACUAUUAAGUGGCUUUCAGAAUUUUUCAGCAAGUGUCGUCUAUCUAAACCAGACUUUCAGAGCUUCGGUUUGCUGUCAAAGUGGAGUCCGUACAUCCCUGAGGUGAAGACCUUCCUGGAGUAUCUAGUGAAGAGUCACAUCGACUUUGAGGUGCUCAGCAUCAAACAAGAAUUAAUGGGAAGUCCCACAGUUCAGGCAGUGCUGAAGUCUCUACAUUCAGAAGUCACAGAGCUCUUCAAGCCGUGGAUAAUGGUCCUAGAUAAGGAUGAUAACAGUAAUCAGCGUUGCUAUCCCUGGCUGGAAAGUGACACCCGCACCGCGGUCAUAUUGGUCCAGCUAUUCUUUGACUGUAUUUUGACGCUGCAUCACAAGUUUCAGGAUCACCUUCUGCCUGGACAGCGGGGGGCGCUGUGGUUACAUCUAAUGCACUAUUGCGAGUCCUGCACUGCACCCAUGCACCCAGAGUACAUUCUGUAUACUUAUCACACAGAGUACAUAAAGCUGCCCUGGAAGGACAUGUAUCCUGACCAGACGCUAAUGGAAGAGUUUUUCAAGGUGGAGCGAGGGAGCCCAAAGAGCUGUUUUCUGUUUCUGGGGGGUGUAUUAUGUGAUGUAAACUGGAUGAACGUCCUGGCCGAUGCCUGGGGUCCCAUUCCUCGCCCAGAAACUCAUCGCAUGCUGGUUUGCCUCUUGUAUAUGUUGGUAUUUCUGACCAAAGAGGAGCAGCUCAUAAAUGAACCGGGGGCCCCUCUAAUUAACCUCUUGGGGCAGGCUGGCACAUUGUCCUGGCACUUGGUGGAUGCUGUAUCUUACCAAAAUGUCAUAGGGUAUUUCAGCAGCCAUUACCCUCCCUCUGUAAUCCUGAGCACCCACCUGGCGGAUGAGUUACUCCUGAAGCUUCUUCGUGUCUCUGCGGGACUUUCCUCUUUUCCAGAUUGCAGCAUUUACUCUUCUCACCAUUUCAAGGGGUUCCAGGUGAAUCACCAAGCAGCUCAGGAGCAGCAGUCCGAGCCCUCACCGAUACAAACGCUUCACUGUGUUGUGCCAGCAGUAGCACAACUACAUUUGGACGUGACUCCUAAAUGCCGCAUCUACAUUCAGCAGAUCGUCCAGUUUAUGGGAUCUUUGGAACAGAAUGGUAAAAUCGGCAUUCCUGCUCUAGAGCAAGAGAUGUCCAAACUGCUGGACGAUAUUGUCAUUUUCAUCCCUCCAGAUCUGGAGGUCCAGAAGCGUCACAUGGCUUUGAGCAGUUUGUUCAUGGAGCUUCUGAUGGUCAUGAACAACGCGAGUGUGACCACAGCCGAGUCCCUGCGUGGAGCCCUGCUCAAGUGGAUUGAUAGCAAAGUGCAAGGCAUGUUGGUCAUGCCCCUCUUAACAGCAGCUUGCCAGAGCUUGGCCUCCAUCAAACACAUGGCAGAGGCGACAGAAGCGUGUAUACUGGCAUACUUCAAAGAUGCUGCCGUCCACUGUCCACUGUCACAAGAGUCUCUGCACUCACAGAACCCGGGCUGGGGACCGAUCCUGGCAUCCUUGCAGGUGCCUGAACUUACUACUGAGGAGUUUCUCCAAGAAUGCCUUGUCCUAGGCAGUUACCUGACCCUUCACGUAUAUGUUCUGCAAUGUCUGAACCAAGAACAGACCCUCGCCAACGAGCUGCGGAUGCUGGUCAAAAUUUCCAAGUGGAUUGAACAGGCACAACCAAGCUCUGUCAGUGAAGAAUCCAAACUCUUCUUGUGGUUCCAUAAGGUUCUGCAGUUGUCUCUGAUUCAGGUGGAGCAGAAUGACAGCGAAGUCACCGAGAACGUUCUGCGGAUCCUGCUUUCAGUCCAGACCCGCCUCUGCCUCCUGGGUGAAGAAAGAAUGUCUACUGGGAUCCUGGGGGCUAUCGGCCUUGGAAGGAAGUCUCCACUCUCCGCCAGGUUCAGGAUUAUCUCUCGCAGUUUGGCCGCCUUCAUUCUAGCCCAGAUCCCCUCUGAAAACCAAGUGCGCCUUAAGGCAGGGUCUGGCCUUCAUCUGUCACCAAGAGCUCAACAGGCGUUAAGUGCUGUGGAGUCCUUGACCUCAAGCAAACAGUACGCGGAGUAUCAGGAGCAGAUCUCGCAGGCGGUCCAGUUUAUCCGGUACCCGGGGCACGGUCUUCAGGAUGGGAACACACUGCUCGCCCUUCUUAUCAACUCACUGUACCCAGAAGUGCAUUAUCUGAAUAUUAUCCGAUAACCUGGGAAGAUCCCACAUCUGGGACAUUCUUUUUUUUUAUGCUUUCCCCCCCAGCCUGUUUUUGUGACCACUUACCCUUCACAUUUCUUGUCUGAAAAACAAAAAUGAUGUAUUAAUGUUUAUCUGUGUGAAAAUAGGGAAGGGAAAAGCAAUGGUACCCAGAUGUCGAAUCUGUGGGGUCGGUGGGGAUGGGGGGGGGAAAUUGUAAGAUGAAUGGGGGGAGUCCUGUGGGUGCUUUAUAACACUCAUCAGCUCAGGCUUAUGAUAGGAUAUUGUGCACAAUAGUCAAAAUAAUAAAUACUGCCUUAAAGGGGCUCUCCACCCAAAUGCAUUUAAAAAAAUAAUGCAGGCCGAGAUGAAGAUGACCAGGCGGCAUUCUCCCCCUCCUCCGUUGUCAGCACAGAUUUGAGCUUGAUAGCUGAAUUAUGUGCGGCAGAGGGGAAUGUUUACCCGCCAGUUGCGGACGGAGUUGCCCUUUAAUGGUGCAUAUAGAGUUCUUUAUUACUACUUGAUGAGAGUUUUUACUAUCCCCUAGAUGUAGAAGGACAGUGCCAAAAAAUCAGCAGUGAUCUGCUGUGCCUGAAGGACAUACAUGAGAUGUAAUAAUCUAGUACAUGUACAUGGUAUAUACGUUGAUCUUGAAUAAUCUCAGGGGGGAGAAGCUCCUUUCUUUGUAUGGGAAUAUUCACAUCUCAAGUGUACAUUUGUAUCUUUAUUGGAUAGUUUGGAACAUGGACUAAGGGCCUUGGAUCAGCAGCUGAAGGGUUAAUUGCCAAACAAGAAAUGUAUAUGUGUAUGUAUAUGUGUCUAGUGGAAGUGACGUAUCUCCUGAUGUACAUGUGAGUUAUUUAUAAAAGGGCUUUCGUUAUUAUGUGACCCGCUUCUUAGCUAUUGUUUGUUGGGGACCAAUCAACACAAUCUGUACAAAAGUGGAGUCACUGUGUACAUACAUUACAUUACUGAUCCUGAGUUACAUCC